CGGAGUAACAGGGCGAGUCUGGAGGUCUAUACAUUACAGAGCGAGUGUAAGAGCUGCAGAUUAAAGGCAUUAAAAACAGCAGAAAAGGGUCCACAGACGUUGUGAAAAUGGACCGAGUCUGUGACUGAAGCUUUUCCCAUUAAGAGGCCAGUUUAUGGAGUAAGGCAGGCCUGGAUUUUGGAGGAUUGUGGAGGAUUUUGUUGAAGGUACAGAGGUGUGAGGGUUUUUGGCCACUGCUCUGCAGCCCUGCUCUUCUGAUUCCCAGAGGUCUUUAGUGUAAUUGGAGCCAAGAUGGCAGGGAGAGAGCGCAGCCCUCGCCACCGGCCCUGGUCUGUGUACCGCGCCAACACAUUCGACCUGUCCUCUGAAAUGAUGGGCCUCACACUGGCAGGAAACAGCCAGGAUCCUGACGAGCCUGUGCUGGAGUUCAGUUUGGCAUGCAGUGAGUUAGUGACUCCAGCAUUGGAGCGAAAGCCCAGUAGCUUUGUAGCAGUGAGCUGCACCACCCCUCCUCAAGCUUUCUGGACGAAGCAUGCUCAGACUGAGAUCAUAGAGGGUACAAGUAACCCAAUAUUCCUCAGUAGCAUCGCUUUCUUCCAAGACUCCCUGAUUACCCAGCAGACUCAAGUCAAACUCUCUGCCUAUGAUGUCAAAGAUCGUUCGCAGGGAACGAUGUAUCUGCUGGGCUCUGCCAUGUUCACAGUCAAAGAACUCCUACAGGACAAAUAUCAUAGGCUUCAUCUUACACUACGAUCAGCAGAGAAUGAGAGGGUGGGCAACAUCACCAUUAUUGCCUGGCAGAUGGAGGAAAAGAAAGACCAGAGGGCUCCACUGACUCGUACAGACACAGUUAAUGGCAGAAUGGUGUUACCUGUUGAUGAGAGCCUGACGGAAUCCAUGGGGAUAAGAGCAAAAUCUGCUUCUCUGUGCAAAGAUACACUCUUAAAGGCUGUAUUUGGAGGAACAAUAUCACGUAUGUACCGUUUACCCACCACUGACGGUAACCACCUUCGUGUGCUGGAGCAGAUGGCGGAAAGCGUGCUGUCUCUCCACAUACCCAGACAGUUUGUAAAACUGCUCCUGGAGGAGGACGCUGCCAGGGUAUGUGAGCUGGAGGAACUGGGGGAGUUGUCUCCAUGCUGGGAGAAUCUGAGGAGGCAGAUCAUCACUCAGUACCAGACCAUCAUUCUCACCUACCAAGAAACACUUAGUGACCUUCAUGAGUACAAGGGUCCCUCGUUCAAAUCCAGUACUUUGAAAGCAGAAAGAAAGUUAGAGUUUGUGCCCACCAACCUCCACCUUCAGAGAAUAAGAGUACAGGGCGAGUCAGGAUAUGACCGAACCUAUGAUGUGGUCACUAUUGGAGCCCCUGCAGCACACCAUCAAGGUUUUAAAGGCAGUGGCUUGAGGAAACUAAUUCAGAAGUUUGACGAGACCAAGAAACAUGCAUUUGAGGAUGAAGGUGCUGGAGAGUCACGUCCACAAUCAAUGGUGUACCAGCCUCAGGAUGUGGUACGAGCGAAAGAGAUCAUCUCCCACAUUAACACACUGAAGACUCAGGUCAGCUACUACACCGAGCGCUUAUCCCGUGCUGCUAAAGAGCGGUCAGCUAAUGCACUGGAGAGAACCCUUGCCAUCCUCACAGACAAGACAAGGCAGCUGGUGACUGUAUGUGACAAUAAAUUGCUGGCCUCAGCUAUCCAGGCCCUGAGUGCAGCACGGCCAGAGUUCAUUGCCUCUAAAGCCUCUCCCUCUGCGCCAGACACUGAACGCGUGGUCCUCCGAAAUGACCAGGGCUCUCCACAGGCCAAGUGGAGUGGAAAAGGGAACAGAACCUCCAUGAAUGUGGACUGGCAUGAAGAAGAGUGGGAGAAGGUGUGGUUAAAUGUGGAUAAGAGUCUGGAAUGUGUGAUCCGCUGUGUGGACAGGCUGCUAACGAGGGAGAGGCUGCAGAGCGACAGCAGUGAGGACGUCUUCCUCUCUGACCAGCAGCCCAACACCAGCAAGAGAGGUAGCCAGGGUGACGCGUUCUGGAUCAACCCCGACUACAAGUCCGCUUCAUCCUCCCUUUCCACCUCCCUUUAUUCAUCACAUCCUCACCCUGAGUCCCCUUCAUCAUUACCAUCAUCCCUCUCUCUGACCUCUGCAUGUGCACCCUCUUCUUACAGAUCCUCCUAUGGAAGCCCUGGUGUUGAGGGCAGUUCUCCAGGUGAAUGGAGUGAUGCUCUGUAUCCGCUCUUGACUACACUGAAUGAGUGUGUGGCCAUGAUGAGUGACAAGGCGAAGAAGUCUAUGGUGUUUGUGCUGAUGCAGGACUGCGCUCCCACUAUUGGCAUGAGUCUGACGCUACAGUACCGCAGGGACGUGGUCUUCUGUCAAACACUGACGGCUGUGAUCUGUGGGUUUGUAACAAAGCUGAGGAACUGUCUGUGUGAGGAAGGCUUCCUCAGACAGCUUCACACUAUCGGCUUACUGGUCCAGUUUGAGGGUCUGCUUAGCACUUAUGGGGAGGAGCUGGCCAUGCUGGAGGACAUGUGCGUUGGCAUCAUGGACCUUCGGAACGUCACCUUUAAGGUCACCCAAGCAACCUCUAGCUUUGGGCCCGACAUGCUGCCUGUUAUCACAGGAAACAGAGAUGGGUUUAAUGUGCGUGUCCCACUGCCUGGGAACAUGUUUGAUGUGUUGCCACGGGAGAUCCAAAACGGGAUGCUACUGCGUGUUCAGCCAGUGCUGUUCAACAUUGGAAUCAAUGAACAGCAGACACUUGCAGAGAAGUUUGGUGACACAUCACUACAGGAUAUAGUCAAUAUGGAGAGUCUGGCGCGACUCAACUCCUACUAUGACCAGUUCAAGGAAGUGCUGCCGGAGGACUGUCUGCCUCGAUCGCGCAGUCAGAACUGUGUACCAGAGCUACUGAAAUUUCUCAGUCAAAAUAUAAACACCAGAAAGAGUAAGAAUGUGGACAUCCUGUGGCAGGCAGCAGAGGUAUGUCGCCGUCUGAAUGGUGUGCGGGUGACCAGCUGUAAAAGUGCAAAGGACCGCACAGCCAUGUCUGUCACUCUGGAGCAGUGUAUGAUCCUGCAGCAGGAGCACUGCUUGGCCCCUCAGGUUUUCACCCAGGCCCUGGACUGCAUGCGCAGUGAGGGCUGCAGGAGAGAGAACACCAUGAAGAACGUGGGCAGCAGAAAAUACGCCUUCAAUUCUCUCCAAUUGAAGGCCUUCCCCAAACAGUACAGACCACCAGAGGGCACUUUUGGAAAAGUGGAGACUUGAUAUGAACACUAAUCUGUUAACCCACCUCACCUGCUUGUCACCAGGCUGUUUGCCCAUCCCCUUUACUCUGUCACCACUGAUCUGAAUGGAAAUCUGCAGUGAGUGCAGUCAUGUGAACACUUCCUGUAGCCAGACAAAGGGUAAUGUCCAUAUUUUGCUCACUGCCGUCCUUUGAUUAUUGGUCAGUGGUUACUAGAGCAAAGGUGAUCAGGAGGGAGACUAGUAGAAAGGUAUUUGGGUGGGUUUUUUGGGUUGUACUGAAGGCUAGAAGCAUCCUUGUAAAUGUUUUAUCAAGCAUCAGAACUCAGCAUCAGUGCAAAGCUGAAAAGUGAAGGAAUUCCCUAAAAUCCCUCAUUGCAAAGGACACAUUUCCUUCAGUGUGUUUGGUCAAUAUAGAACUUAAUUUUAAGAUGCCUAAUUAGAACGUCUUUAGCUACUUUGCCUUUGCAACAGGCUUAAUGAAAAACAUAUAAGCACUAAAACAAUAUCUUUUUUUUUUAUCAUCCCUUAUGAUUUUAUCAGUUUCAUGCAUGUUCUUGAAUAAUUAAGGGAUGUGUUUACAUGUUAUGAGAUUAAUAUCAGUUUGAACAUUUAUGACAGUUAGGCACUAUCCGCAAAGCUACUGAGUUCCUAAACACACCAAAUAUGUACACGAGCAUUGUUCUUUAUCAUGUAUUAAUACACUGUACUGUAGCUGCCUUAAGAGUGUCAACUGCUGUCUUCUGUCCCUCUCCCCUAUACGUAAACAAGUAGAAACUUAUUUUCACCAAAUCAUUUAUCUUACCGUAAGUGAUGUGGCAGAGUACAUCUUAUCAAGUCCGUCCUUAUCACGAGGGUUUACAUAUUACACUUUAAAUGAGCCCUUUAGCCUAUUACAGCACUUACAACGUCAUGUGCAUUGUACGGGUUGUAGAUUUCUAGGGAAAAGGCCUUUCUCAUGCUGUUGCCAAUCACAGGUAGUGUUUGUACAGUAAAAAAGAGUUGUGAAUAGACGUUAACAUACUUUUAGCAGAGUUAUGCAGAGAAUUACGACAUUAUUCAGUUGCUGGUUGUUUAAUUAAUGUUUGUAUAUUGUGUUAUGCAGAUCUUUUUGGAGUUGGAUUAUGAUAUCAGAGACCACUGCUCUUAUAAUGUGAAAAACUAGGCAUCUGAUUGGAUGUUAUAAUUUAUUGACCCAUACAUUACAUUAUUCUGUUGUUAUGUAUUUCAUUUCAGUGUGAACCCUAAGAUGCCAUGAGAAAUGAAAAGCUCUACACACUUGAGUCCUUUAUAGUUGGACAACAUGAGUAAUUAAAUAGCACACUCACACCUGUACUAAACCAGUUCCUGUGUGAGUGUUAAGUAAGCUGUUUGGCAAGAUCAAAUACACGUUUAGAGCUGUAACACACAAGGACAAGUAGACUUGCACCUGUCUGCGUGCAGCAAAUCCUGACAAACAACUAAAUGAUGCACUAUUUAGUAAAAAGAACAUUUUUUUUAUUUUACUGUUUUGUUUUUUCACUAUAUGUGAAGACAUCGUAAUGUGACUGUUUUUCAUAUUUUUUAUUUUUGUAUUUUGUUUGUGCUCUUAUUUAAUGCUUAUGUCACCAAUGUGUUUUAAAUGUAAUGUAGUAAUGUUGAACUAAUUUGACCACUGCUCUUUAUGAUGAUUUUAACAGUCAUCUGUCUGCACAACCCUGAGCUUGGCUGUACAUAAUGCAAAGCUGCAAAGAAUUCAUCCAAACAAUCAGCUAUUAAAGGAGAUAAACCGUU